AUGUUUGACAGUUCGCAGUACCCCUAUAACUGCUUCAAUGACGACGCCGAUGACUACCCUGCCGGCAGCUCCGACGAGGAAAAACGGCUCACAAGGCCAGCGUACAGCUACAUCGCGCUGAUUGCCAUGGCCAUCCAGCAGAGCCCCGCAGGCCGCGUGACCCUGUCCGGCAUCUACGACUUCAUCAUGCGCAAGUUCCCCUACUACCGCGCCAACCAGCGCGCCUGGCAGAACUCCAUCCGCCACAACCUGUCGCUCAACAGCUGCUUCGUCAAGGUGCCACGGACCGAGGGCCACGAUAAGGGUAAAGGCAACUACUGGACGUUCGCGGGCGGCUGCGAGUCCCUCUUAGACCUUUUCGAGAAUGGCAACUUCCGUCGGCGGCGCAGGCGACGCGGCCCCAAGCGCGAGGGGCCCCCGGGUCCCCUUGAGCCAGCAGCGCGCGGGUCAACGGGCUCUGAUAGUGCGCGAGUUCCAGAUCCGGAGGACCGGGUCAGCCCUGCCACACACAGAGACAUCAAAUUCAGCAUUGACUACAUCCUCUCUUCCCCGGACCCUUUCCCUGCUCUCAGAACGCCCUGUCACUCGCUGGAAGCCAGGUAUCCGGCGGCGCUGGAGCCCCAGCAAAUGAGCUUCCAUUUUUGGGCAGCAUGAGAUGUCCCCUGGAGUUUUGCAGUCAGUUGAGGACUUGGGCCUGAUCCUCCCCUGAAGGCAGGACUUGAACCAGGCAUCUUGAAUCAAGAACCCUGGACGCUGCCUCAUCUACAUACUUCUUCCCAGACUGCCCCGGGGUACUCAGCUCUCCAUUUGGAGGAAAGAUCUGGAGAUCUCCUUAUAAAAGGUAUUUAUAGUGAUGUUGUGACUUUAUAAAGAAUAAAAACAGUUCUCUCCCAGGAAAACCUGGCUCGGAUUUGGCCCCACUUCUGGAUUUGCUGUGGACUCACUGAACCAACAGCCCCUACAUCACUCUGUAAAAUCACGCGAGGCUCCUGGGAUCAGGUAGCAUCUUGUCCUCAGUCGUGUGACAAGUGGCUUUGUAGACAUCCCCAUUCCAAAGUUAAAGUGUGCUUAGUAACUUAUUCGUGAAGCUGGUUAAGGCCUUCCCUGCAGCUGAAAAUAAUGAGGUUUAGAACAGUGGAGACAGAUGUUACUCUAUCCUGUGGCUAUUAUUUACCCCCAGGCUUCCAAUGAUUGUCCAGCCAUGAGGGACACAAGCAGAAAUAGCCUGUGUUCGCAGCAGAAAGGUGCCCCCGGACCAGGCAUGAAGGAAGGCACAGGCCUG